GGCUCACUCUGUAGACAGCAGUUAUGGAUAUUACAAUACAUCACCCAUGGAUGCGCCGGCCGGUCAUGGCUCCGCCGCUCUUCCCCAGCCGCAUCCUGGGACAGAGGUUUGGAGAAGGGAUCCUGGAGUCGGAUCUGUUUGCGUCUAUGAUCAGCCCCUAUUAUGUCCGGUCACCCAGCAUCCCCCAGCCAGAAACCGGACUGUCCGAGGUGAAGCUGGACAAGGAUCAGUUCUCUGUUCUUCUGGAUGUCAAACACUUCUCGCCUGAGGAGCUGACAGUCAAAGUGGUGGGAGAUCACGUGGAAGUUCACGCCAAGCAUGAGGAGCGUCCGGAUGAACACGGCUUUAUCUCCCGGGAGUUUCACCGCCGCUACAAGGUUCCCCCGACGGUCGAUCCGACUGCUCUAACUUCUGCUCUCUCUGCGGAAGGCCUGCUCUCCAUCCAAGCUCCCAUCAAGGAGGGCACCAAGACUGAGGAGCGGAGCAUACCCAUAGCCAGAAAGGAGAAGUGAAAGCAGCGGACAGUCCUCCAGCGCCCUCUACUGGCCCUCACCCAUGCCUGCACCCGCCUCUGUGGCUUACCCUAUAGAAGUGGCCAUUCGGACUAUACAGUCCCCGGCUUGCUUUAGAAACUGCGCUGCCGCUCUAGCCCCUCGUCGCAGAUUUGCCGCGGUUCUCGCUCGUCGACUUAGAUAUGGAAAACUGUGGUGUUUAAAGGGCCGAUCUGAGUGUGAAUAUAAAGUGUUCUCCUGCCUAAAAUGAUGAGUAACGUGAGAAAUAAUAAAACGUCAAUCACA